ACAGAAAUUUAAACAAAAGGUCAAGCAAAUUCGGCCUUGUCAACCUAACAAUUUUUAUGAAACUAAACUAACAAAAUCCCUUAUCUAUUUUGAUUCAUUCUCUAUAUUUGUCGAUAUCGUCCUGGCUGUUCAUUUUUCUAGCUGUCUUUUAGAUACUGCCAUUACUGAGAUUUAUUCAGUCAUAUAUAUUCCUCUCUCUCUCUCUUUUUUCAAUUGCCAAUAGGUCUAUUUGGUGAGGCAUCAGUUUGAUAUCUCCAAAAUUUUGAUCUCUUCGCAAUUUCGCUGUCUAUCAAUUAACCCUUUUUAACGAUUCAAUUAUGGCGGAUACCAUGUCUGCACAUCUUGACCGAACCAUCAAAACGGGUCUUGAAAAGGGUGAUCAUGAAUUCUCUGAGGAUGAUAGGAAGACUCGACUUGGGUCCAUUAAGAAGGCAGCAAUUAGCGCCUCCACCAAGUUUAGGAAUUCUUUGACAAAGAGAGGCCGCAAAAACAGUAAAAUUUUGUCCAUCGAAGAUGAUCUUGAUGCUGAGGAAAUGCAGGCAGUUGAUGCAUUUCGCCAAGCACUUAUCUUGGAGGAACUACUUCCCUCCAAACAUGACGACCCCCACAUGAUGCUAAGAUUUUUAAGGGCCAGGAAAUUUGACAUUGAGAAAACAAAGCAAAUGUGGGCUGAUAUGCUGCAGUGGAGAAAGGAAUUUGGCGCUGACACAAUCAUGGAGGACUUUGAUUUCCAAGAAAUUGAUGAUGUUUUGAAGUACUAUCCACAAGGGUAUCAUGGAGUUGACAAAGAAGGACGCCCUGUUUACAUUGAGCGUUUGGGUCAAGUUGAUUCCACCAAGCUGAUGCAAGUCACAACAAUGGAACGCUAUGUAAAGUAUCAUGUGAAGGAGUUCGAGAGGACUUUCGUUUACAAGUUUCCUUCAUGUUCCAUUGCAGCCAAGAAACACAUUGAUCAGAGCACAACUAUUCUUGAUGUGCAAGGAGUGGGACUUAAAAGCUUCAACAAAGCUGCUAGGGAACUUGUUCAGCGUCUGCAGAAGAUUGACAGCGACAAUUUCCCUGAGACCUUGAACCGCAUGUUUAUCAUAAAUGCUGGUUCUGGAUUCAGGCUCUUAUGGAACACUGUUAAAUCAUUCCUUGAUCCCAAGACCACUGCAAAAAUCCAUGUUCUGGGAAACAAAUACCAAUCCAAGCUGCUUGAAAUAAUUGAUGCCAGUGAGCUGCCAGAGUUUCUGGGUGGCACUUGUACUUGUGCCGACAAAGGCGGAUGUCUGCGAUCUGAUAAGGGUCCAUGGAAUGAUCCAGAGAUAAUUAAUAUGGUUAAAAAUGGCGAAGCCAAAUGCACAAGGAAAUCUUUGUCAAACAUUGAGGAGAAGACAAUUGUAGAAGACAAGCCAGCAGAUGUGAAGUUUUUCAAGCAGGAAACUGCUUCAACAAAGGAGAAUAUGGAGCAUCCGAAUCCAUCUUCUCAUCCAAGAUCUUCCAUGGACAAGAAGUUCAAUGAGGUCUAUCAGUUUGAUGAUAGAGUUCCAGUUGUUGACAAGAGUGUUGAUGCUUCUUGGCUUAAACCAGGCCAAGAAAAUAACUUCACCAUUCCCAGAGAUUGUUUGACAGUUAAAGAUGGAUGCAAGAAUCCCGAGGGAGCAAGCAACCACCUCUUUGGUGGGCUGAUGGCGGUGGUUAUGGGCAUAGUUGCCGUUAUUCGCAUGACACGAAACAUGCCAAGGAAAAUCACUGAAGCAGCCCUCUAUGGCAGCGCAAGCUUGUACAGUGAUACUAUGAUUAAAGGCCAUCAUGUCCAGAAGUUGCCACCACCCUCCAUUUCAGGUACAGAAUACAUGUCAAUGAUAAACCGCAUGGCUGAACUAGAGGAAAGGAUGAACAUUCUCACCAAGAAGCCUGCCACCAUGCCACAAGAGAAAGAAGAGCUGUUGAAUGCUGCAGUAAACCGCGUAAACACCCUGGAGCAAGAGCUGGCAGCCACCAAGAAGGCGCUGGAGGAUUCCCUUGUUCGACAACAAGAGCUCAUGGCAAGCCUUGAAAAGAAAAAGAAGAAGAAGAAGAGGAUGGUAUAUCUUCACUGCUAUUUUAACUGAGACUAAGCAUAAAUGAGAAACUUACAAAGAGUUUUCAAAGUUUCUUCGGAUUUUAAAUGCAGGGUCUAUUUCGUUGGUGAAGGGGUUUUGCUGAAAGCUGUGAUUUUUCUGAAGAUUAGCUCAAGUUAAUGUUGGCGAUAAUGGUGAAUUUCAGCCCCCACGAGUAUACUAUCCAAAUUCUGUGUGUCUGAGCAUGUUUGUUUUGUUUGUCAUUCAGUUCAAAAGCCCUACUCGUAAACAUUUUGUAUUUCCGUAUAUGUUGAAAAUUAAGGUCCCUUGCCUACCAUGUGAAUGUAUGUACUAACAAUCAACGAAGGAGAGAACCAUUUCACAAGUAUUAAGAUCCGAGUCAGAUGAUACAUA